CAGGGACACACCGUGUUUUGCUGCAGGAAGGAACCCAGGGCAUCUGGAAAUAAUUCAAGGUGCAUUUCUCUAAGACCUUCUACACCUGCCGCCACGCAUGCAGUGAAAUGCUGCUCAGCAGCAAGCACAGCAAAAGGAAUUAGCUUCAAGGUUUUUUACUGUCUUAACUAUCAGAGUGGAAAAAACAAUCAGGAUGGCUUCGACAAGUAAAAGAAAUUCUGCAGUGACAACUCAAAAGACGUUUCUCCCCGAGGGUGGAGUCUGCAAGCACGGAUUCCUCAUCAAAUCACCACCUCUCCAGCUUUUCAACUCACAGAAUUCCUGGAAAAGGCGGUUUUUCAUCCUGUGCAAAUCCAGCAAGGGCAAUUACAUCCUGAAGUACCUAAAAGGCCAGAACAUAAAAGGCUCCAUAGCUGUUGACCAAAUCAUAAAUAUCGAAGUUGGCAUAAGCAAUUCUGAAAUUAUGGAAACGGUGAGGAAGAUGUUCAAAUGCCUUCCUGAACAGGUGAUGUCUGUCAGCACUGGAAACAGACGUUACUACCUCAUUGGGAGCAGCAGGCAGGAAACAGAGGACUGGGUCACUGCGAUAUCUUCAAUCUGCAGGGAGGCCAGAGGAGGUGGAUGCUGCCCUCAGACGCAAGAUCUUCCAAAUCCAGAAGUCAGAGGCCGACCCUCCUCUUUGCCACUAUUCUUGAAUCCCGUAGAUUCAACCAAUUUGCAGGAAAGGCAAAGCUACCAGAAGGAGGAUGGUCCCUCAGAAGACAAGAACAGGCCCAGUUCAGACCCUGGCCCUCACUGGGCUCCGAGGGGAGGUUUUCCAAGCCAGGAUGACAAUGUGGGAAAGAGUGAGGAAAAUCUGCUGUCGUCAGAUACAGAUGAAGAAGCCAAAAAGGAUGAAGAAGACUAUUACCAAACUCCCAGCAGUAUUUUAGCAAAGUGCACUUCUGAAGUAUCAAAGCCCGACCAUACAGCGGAGUCUGAUGUCUCUCUGCAAGAGAAGCCUGUGCAGAAGAACCCAGCAAAGGAGAACAUUUAUAUGUCAAUGAAAUCACUUAGGCUGCUGGAUGAGAGUUGCCAGUUGAUGUGCAGACGCAAUGAGCUCCUGUCUCCUCCCAAAUGCCAAAACAACGGCGCGUGUCCAAGAGACUUGGAAGCAAACAGAGACCUAGAACUCCCAGAAAGCAGCACCAGCCAGCAGCCAGCCCUCCAGAGAAGACAAAACUCAUUACCACUUUCGGUGGUUCAGUUGUCGAUACUUCUCGGUCAAGUUAAAGACGAGACCCAACUGCAGAAGUUGGAUAUCUCCAUCCCCCUGGCUGAUAUUAACAGUUAUCUAAAACUUACUGAAGCAGCAGGACAAAUAUGCGUGUCACAGUGGACUGGUCCUCAUCAGCUGGGAUGCUUGUUUAACCACGGAGACCAUAUAGUGGCUGUGAAUGAUCUGCAGCCCCAGGACGUGGAGGAGGCUUACUUCUUCAUCAGCAGGUCCACAAGAAAGGAGGUGAAACUUACUGUAUGUAGGAUUCCACAUUCGGGUGUCUUCCAUGUUAAAGGCUGCUCGUGUUCCUGAAAAAAGACCUCAAUGAUUAAUUUUGUUCAGAGACCUGUUCAUGCUGAAAUCUGCAUAAAGACAGAGGGAAACCCCAGUUCUGGAACUACAGAGGCUGAAAAUGGAAGAAAAGACGUUCCUUGGGAGCUCUCCUCCAAAGCUGCUAUGGGACUCCUUUGCUCUGCGCUGCCCCUUUGAGCUCAACGAAUCCUUUGCUGCCUGAGGAGUCUCUGAGGGGUGGGGUGGCUGGUCAUCAUCACACAAGGGUUAUUCCAGCUCCACGACUGUGUCAGCCUCUAGGCCUGAAUCCUAAAAUCACAGAUCAUCUCCUUCAAGAGUAUCCACUGUAGAUGUCACCCUCGACCUUUCCUGCCCAAGGCUUGCCCAAGCUCUUCUUCAGAAGUUUAAGAAAGGGAAGUCCAAACCUUCUUGUGUUGUUCAAAGACUCAUCUCUCUGUAUAAUUAGGAAGUUUUUUUCUAAUACUUAUCCUAGAUGGUCUUUUUAGACAAUGAACCUGUUUUUUUUCUUGCCCUGUUUUCAGUGGGCACGGGGAAUGCUUGAUUUCCACUGCCUCUGGAGAAAUCUUCACUCCAAAAGGUAUUUUUUUCUGCCUGUUCUUCCUUCUCUUUUUUUUUUUUUUAGACCAAACAUCCUGCAUUCUUUCAACAUUUCCUGAAAGUGGUCAUAAGUCACUGAACCAUGAGAUAAAUACCUCAUUUUCCAGUUAUGGGCAAGCAAAAGAGGUGAGAUGGCUGUAAAGCAGUUUCCUGAAACUUCAUAGAGACACAUUUCCAAAAAGAGGGGAACUAGCCAAGAAGCUGUGACCCCUACAUGGUGGUGGGAGGAGACCCACCACGGUGGCACCUGCACGUGGCAUUGCCCAUGAAGCAGAGGUUGCACAAUGCAUCCUGCACCUCUCUGCCGUGGAAGAACAUUACCUUUGGACAAAACCAGGAUUUGGGUAGAUAUAUACAGCCUGCACAGCAUAAUUCCACAACAUUUCAGAAGACUGGGGGACUCAUUCUAUACGUCGGUAAACAGUUACUGAUGUGUUACCCCAUAAUUGAUCAUUAUGUCAGUUUACACAGGGAUAAAUGCAGAUAAUUAAUGUCACAUAUUGGCUGAUUCAUAACACUUAGACAAAUACAAUAUGGAAUUGACAUCGGUACAGUAAAUUCUGGUGGGGUGUGUGAAGUUGUCUGCCCACAUACGAUUAAUAAAUGCCUUAACACUUUA